AUGGGUUUGAUUGAUGAACAGGACACCAUCAUUAAAGGGCCCAUGGGCCUUGCCCCCACGCCCAGCAACCCAGAUACGCGCGGGGGUUCGGGCUCCUCACCCCGACCAUUGGCGCCGCCCCGAGAGCCCGAAUCCCCUCAGGCCGCCGGGUUCCAAGCCCGCGUGCAGCCCACCUCGUGGGUCUCAAAUCACUUGUUAGGGCCGCCGCUAGCCGCCAGCGCCAACAGCAAGGGGCCCCCGGAAUUCUCCAGUUACCUACCAGGAGCGCGAGCCCACAGCCGUCUCGGCUCCGAGCCCGCCGCCGGCAGGAAAGCCACAAAGAAAACUGAUAAACCCAGACAAGAUGAUAAAGACGAUCUAGAUUUAACAGAGCUCACUAAUGAAGAUCUUUUGGAUCAGCUUGUGAAAUACGGAGUGAAUCCUGGUCCUAUUGUGGGAACAACCAGGAAGCUGUAUGAGAAAAAGCUUUUGAAACUGAGGGAGCAGGGAACAGAAUCAAGAUCUUCUCCUUCAGCAAUGAUUUCUUCUUCAGCAGAAAAUACAAGGCAGAAUGGAAGUAAUGAUUCUGACAGAUAUAGUGACAAUGAAGAAGACUCUAAAAUAGAGCUCAAGUUAGAGAAGAGAGAACCGCUAAAGAGCAGAGCAAAGACUCUAGUAACCCUCAAGCAAAGAAGAGUUCAGCACAACGAGAGCUAUUCUCAAGCUGGAAUAACUGGGACUGAAUGGACAAGUGGAUCUUCAAAAGGCGGACCUCUGCAGGCAUUAUUAACUAGGGAAUCUACAAGAGGGUCAAGAAGAACUCCAAGGAAAAGGAUGCACACUUCAGAAUAUUUUCGUAUAGAUGGAGCGGUAAUUUCAGCGAGUACUCCCGUAGCUGAAAGUAUAAUGGCUUCAAACAACAAAUCCUUAGUUGUCAAUAGGGUGACUGGAAAUUUCAAGCAUGCAUUUCCUAUUCUGCCAGUCACUGAAUUCUCAGACAUACCCAGAAGAACACCAAAGAAACCAUUGACAAGAGCUGAAGCGGGAGAAAAAACACAGGAAAGAAGAGUAGAAAGGGAUAUUCUUAAGGAAAUGUUCCCCUAUGAAGCAUCUACACCAACAAGAAUAAGUGCUAGUUACCACAGAACAAUCAAAGCAGCUGCAGGCCGGCCAUUAGAACUCAGUGAUUUGAGGAUGGAGGAGUUGUUUUCAUCUACAUAUGUUCCUAAGUAUGUUCCCUUAUGUCAAGUGACAAAAUACAAAAAAAAGGGAUGCUCCAUUCCUGUAUGGAUAAAAAUUUUGCUAUUUGUUGUGGCAGUUUUUGUGGUGUGUUUGGGCUAUCAAGCUGUGGAAACCAACCACGUAAAUCCCUUCUCUGAUAUUCUUCCUGAUGACUCUAGAAAACCCAACUGAAUGGUAUC